AUGACUUCGCCCUUGGACCAGCUCGUCAAGGGCGCUCCGGUGUCGACUGCCCGCGCUCCCACGCCGGAGCCGUUGAAUCCCACCCGACCACCAACAACUUCGGACUCUUCCUCGCAGCGUCCCCCAACACCAGAUCCUCUAGCCACUCUACCUUCCUCUCCACCUCAAAUCUAUUUGAAUCUGUUGAUUCUCGAAGCCUCGCUUCGUGCGCAAUACCUGGCCCUGCGCGAGCGUCGCCGCCAAAACACCUUCUUCCUGCUCCUCCUUGCAGCUUGGAUCGCCUACUUUGCAUAUGCAUUGUUCCUGCGUCCCCGUGAAGAUGGGCGCGGUGUCGGUGGUUCGGUAUACUGGGUGGUUGAAAUGGGAGAGAAAGUCGCUCUCCUUGGUGGGGUAGUGACUGCCCUGCUAGUUUGGGGAACUGGGCAGUGGGAGCGCGGUAUCCGCUGGCCCCGUCGGUGGCUGGCGGUUGCGAAUCGUGGCCUGCGCGUGAUGAACACCAAGAUUAUCGUGAUCCGUGGACCUUGGUGGCAAGAAAUGCUCUCCUACGUCUCCUUCCUCUUCCCAUUUUCAGCACCAUUCUUCCCUUCUCCAACGGGCAGUUUCCACCUCGUCGAGCGGCACCCGUCCGAUAAGCAGCGUAGUCGGCAGCACUACCAGCAAUACUAUAAUGGCGGCGACAGCGAGUCCGGCCUGGUGGAGGAAGACCUCAGUGCCGGCGGUGAUUACAUCCGUCUACUUUUGCUACCCAAAUCAUUCUCACCCGAGUUCCGUGAGAACUGGGACGACUACCGUACCGACUUCUGGGAGAAGGAAAACGAGCGCCGAGCUCAGCUGCGUCACAAACUGCGCGAGCGCGAGCGCCAGCUUGCCCAGGCCGAAGGAGGUUGGUUUUGGCGUCUUGGAUUAGGCUGGCGCGCUUCGCAGCGCCGCCGUCUUGUGUCUGCCACCCUCCACAAACCUCUUGAAUCAGAGCCCAGAUUCCGGCCUGGCGCUCAUCAUCAACAUGCCCCAUCCAUUUCAUCAAAGCUCAACCAGGAAUUUCGCGCACCAUCUGCCCGUCGUAACACCCGGUCCGAAUCAUCUCAUUCUCGGACCUCCUCCCGCAGCUCCACCCCAGUUGAUGUUGAUGACCGUCCUCCUUCUCGCUCCUCUGCAUCUGGCCGUCCGCGUCGUGGAAGUACUACUCCUUCGAUCUCAGGACCAGAGGCGAGUCCUCAGCAAAGGAAGCGCAAAGGCUCUAAAUCACUACGUCGUGGGUUGUCGCCUCUGACGCAAGCUCAAAUUCGGGAAGGCGUUCGUACGCCAUCGUUCUCCUCGGACGAUUCUGGUAUAUUGCCGAUGGAGAGCAAGGAUAAGGAGUCUAUUCCUACCUCUGCCCCUGAUGCGAGUCCCUCAGUUUAG